AUGACUUGGAUGUCUUGCUGGAUACCGAAUCUUUUGUUGCACUGCACUCCAUCAUCCUCAGAUAGUUUUCAAGAAUGCGAUACCUACCAUCUGACAUCUACGGUGGAGAGUUCUGAGAGCAACAGUGAUCCUGAUGAAGGUCUACUCAUGAGAAAAAGGAGAAAACGUUGUAAGAAAAAUCUGCCUGAUGACUUUGUCAGCAGUGAAAACUUACAUGAAGCUGUCCACAUGAAGCCAGCCUCACAGAAGCCACAGGUCACAACCUCUCAAGAUAAGGUAGCUUCUGCUCCUUCACAGGUUGUACUUCCAACACCUCCUCCUAAGGUGUCUUUGGAUAUGCGGUCCACCAGAACCCAUGGGAUGAUGGAGUGCAGUGCAACAAAAGAUUCGGUAUCCAGCAAGACAUCCAAGUCAUCUGACAACAGUGAUGGCAGUGGCCAGCAUGACAGGAGACAUCAUGACACGCCUUACCAAAAAAGAAACCAUGAUCGAGGUGACAAUCUUGACCACCAUGACAGGAGACACCAUGACACACCUCACCGAAGAAGAAGCCAUGACCAAGGUGACAGUCCCGACCACCAUGACACACCUCACCGAAGAGGAAGCCAUGACCAAGGUGACAGGAGACACCAUGACAUACCUCACCGAAGAGGAAGCCAUGACCAAGGUGACAGGAGACACCAUGACACACCUCACCGAAGAGGAAGCCAUGACCAAGGUGACAGGAGACACCAUGACACACCUCACCGAAGAAGAAGCCAUGACCAAGGUGACAGGAGACAUCAUGACACACCUUACCGAAGAAGAAGCCAUGACCAAGGUGACAGUCCCAACCACCUAUCUUACUAUAGUGACAGUCCCGACCAGCAUGACAAGAGGCACCAUGACACAUCUUACCGAAGAAGAAGCCAUGACCAAGGUGACAGUCCCGACCACCUAUCUUACUAUAGUGACAGUCCCGACCAGCAUGACAAGAGGCACCAUGACACACUUUACCGAAGAAGAAGCCAUGACCAAGGUGACAGGAGACAGCUUGACACACCUGACCGAAGUGAUAGCCCUGGCCAGCAGGAGAGGAGAUAUGAAAAACACUAUCAAAAUAGAAGUCAUGACCACUAUGACUGGGACAAUAGACGUGAUAGACACAACCAGAGAGACAACAAGAGCAGGUGUGACCCUUGUAAUGACAAUCAAAAGAAUCACAAAGGUAGCCAGGAAGAUGCUGAAUCCAGCUUCCCUCUAACUACGGGUAAAUCCCUCCGGGCACACAGAAGCUUACGUCCACGUGGCAAUGCCUGCCUGCCUAGGCCCCUUGAGCCCCAGUCAAGAGACGAGCACCCGUGCAGUCAGGCAGAGGAUCUCUUUAAUCUGAUGAAGACUGCGGUACGACAACAUGAGACCACUGAUUCUAGCCGGAUGGAGGGGUAG